GGCACUGGUGCAUGAAGCACGACGAGCUGCUGGGCGAGCACAUCAAGUCCCUGCUCCUCAAGAACAACAGCCUCCCGCGCAAGAGGCAGAGCUUGAGGAGCUCGAGUAGCAAGCUGGCCCAGCUGACGCUGGAGCAGAUCCUGGAGCACCUGGACAACCUGCGUCUCAACCUGACCAACACCAAGCAGAACUGUGCGUCUGCCCUCGCUGAGGCUCCGCCCACUGGAGCUGGGUAG